GCUAGCCCAGCGCGGGCCAGCGCGACGCAUUCGCUCCCGGGCUGCUGGCCAAGACCGCCGAGAGCUGACGCGCGCUCCGUCACCGGCACGUUGCCUUGUGCCCUGGGCAGAAGCCUUUCCUCUUCUUCCGGCGACGCGAUUUGCUACGGCGAGUCUUCCUCCGCUCCGUCCAGCCGGUUGGGAUAACAUCGCCUCGUGGGGUGUUGUUUUCCGGAUGCGUGUCUUCGGCUGACGCGCAGGGAUAUCUCGGGGUCCUCGGAGGAGGCUGGGGCAGCUUUCGCCAGCGGGGUUGUGACGGGACUGCGCGCCUCGUGGGGCUUUGGCUCGGCGGCGCCCAGAUGAGUGAGUUUGGAAUUAAAAACAUGGAUCAAGUAGCGCCUGUUUGCAACGCCUAUAGAGGAUUGUUCAAGCGCCAACCUGCAUUUGAUAGCUUUGAAGGUGCAAACUCUUUGUUUACGGGAUACUUUCCACCACUAAAUGAAGAUCAGACACUUCAGGAAGUGCCAACAGGCCUUGAUUCUAUUUCUUUUGAAUCAAACUCUUGUGAAUUACCACUCCUAACUCCAUGCAGUAAGGCUGUGAUGAGUCAGGCCUUAAAUGCUACUUUCAGUGGCUUCAUGAAAGAACAGCACAGAUUAGGCAUUCCAACCAAUCCCUGGCUGUGGACACAGCAUCAUGUAUGUCAGUGGCUUCUCUGGGCUACCAAUGAAUUUAGUUUAGUGAAUGUAAACUUUGAGAGAUUUGCCAUGACUGGCCAAGAGUUAUGCAAUCUGGGAAAGGAGCAUUUUUUGGAACUAGCACCUGAUUAUGUUGGUGACAUACUGUGGGAACAUUUGGAUCAGAUGAUAAAAGACAAUGAAGAGAAGCCACAGGAUCAGUAUGUAGAAAAUUCUCAUCUUAUUUCAUCUCCACAUUGGGUCAACAACAACUCUUUAGGCACUAAUGUUGAACAAGUGCAGUAUUGCACUCAAGUACCCAGCUAUCCGAAAACUUUAAGCUUCCAAAAAAACAGAGUUCUGGGAGAUUUAUGUCAGACAACGGUUGGACCAAAUCUUGUUAAUCUAAAACAGGAAUUUCAGAUGUUUCCUAAAGCACAAUUGGAAACUGUCAAUGUGAACUUCUGUUCAAUGAAUCACGAUUUCACAAGAAAUAAUCUGAACUUGGUGUUAGAUAAUACAAGUAAGAUGUGCAUUUCUUUGUGUUUAUAAGUAAUUAUGUAUUCAAAUACCAGGUUGCUUAUUUUUCUUUUAAUAGCCCACUUCAUUGUUUAUGACUUAGUCAUAAACUGGUAUUGUUAGGUGAUUUGCUUUAGUAAUAAUGCAUUUUAAUGGGUUUCAUAGAGUCAGUCUUCACUUUAAAUUGAUAUUUUUACUGAUUAUAACUGGACAAAGCAACAGUAACCUGGAGGGGUUUUUAAAAAGUAUGAUACAUUUUUCCAUAACUGUUCAAAUUAGCAUAAUCAAAUGCAUGUGUGAAAUUGAAGCAUAGUGAAAUUUGGGGGUCAUAUUCUCAAUUUUAGCAAUCCUAGUUCAAUUAUUUGUAUGUUAAAUAAGUACAAUAUUUUAAAAGAAGGAGAGCCUUCUCUGCCAUGGCCCCUGCCCUGUGGAAUACCCUGCCCCAAGAGGUUGGGCAGGUCCCUACUCUCUUGACCUUCCAGAAAGCAGGCUGGCUCUGCCAACUUGCAUGGGG